AAUUCAAACAAAAAAUUAAUAAAUUAAAAUGUAUAUAAAUAUAGAGUUGAGAGAACUUUUUGAAAAAAAUAUAUUUAAAGUUAUAAAAAAUAUUUUGUUACAAGGAACGAAGGGAUUAAGGUAAAUUCUAUUUGCGAUAAAAUCCUAUCAGAUUUAUAAAUCAAUCCAUUCCAUCUCAUCAAAUUAACUAGAAAGUUUUUGUUAAUAUAUAUAUAAGGGUGUAAAGUUCUGAUGUUUUCUUCAGUCUUCUCAUGUUAAUUCCAUGGCUGGUCUUAAAGAAGUUUACCGUUUUUUCUAUAUUUAACGUCUUUAUUUCGAAUUAUUUUGUCAUGUAGUAAUAAUGAACUGUCGAUAAUCACAUUUCUCAUGCCUUAUUGUUGCUCUCUAAAUACGUGCGUAUAUAUGCAUGUAACGCACAUAUAUUUCUCUAUGUGUAUAUAUAAUUACACCAAAGCAACACACGAUCUCAACAAGAUUAGUGGAUCGAUUACUUUCAGAUCUGAGAAACUUAAGACUUAAACUUGUGGAUCAAUUUGCAUAAUCAUCUCUAAAAAGAAUGGAGAAGGAAUUGGAUUUAACACUGAGGUUGGGUCUGCCAAGUCCUGCUAUUGAGACACAUCUGAGCUUAGACACUCCUCCCACCACUAAUCAGGGGAUCAACAUCGACGAUGGCCGCCGAGACAACGACGCCGGUGGUGAGAAUCACGAACGUCACAUCGAUGUCAAUAUGAGAUAUUACAAUUUAGUCUUCAACCACUUCGCCGGCAUCCGUGAGACCUUGAACUUCACUCCUUUUCCGAUACAACCGUCUCCCUAUUCUUCUCCGGCGCCGACGCCGGCGACUCCUACGAGGAGUGAUUAUGUUCUGAUCGAUGUCCCUGCUAGGAGAGCAGUUCGUAGCUCUUUGGCGACUGGAAACGCUCUGAACGCAAACGCGAAACAGCGUCGCGGCUGCGGCGGCUGUUGUGGUGGAAGGAUUGGCUGGAUGAGGAAAUGUACGAACUUGAAUUGCAACGCGAUUGACACUCCUAUGUGGCGGAGGGGUCCUCUUGGUCCCAAGACUUUAUGCAAUGCUUGUGGGAUAAAGUUCAGGAAGGAGGAAGAGAGGAGGUCCAAGAGGAGUUAAUUGGUGAUUUGGUGUUGUAUUUGUAUUUGAUUAAAAAUUAAAGAGAGAGAGAGAGAAGAUGAUUGUUAUUUAGGAAUGUCUAUGUCUCUGAUUAAGCUUUGUGAGAGGAAAGCUAAACUUUGGAGCUUAAAGAAAAUUCUAUUGAAAUAUCGUUAUUUUAAAAUAUAUAAUUGUAAUAUCAUAAUAAAUAAGUGUUAAAAAAAUAUAUA